AUGGCCCUCCAACGCCUCCAGCUCACCCUCUCGCACCUCUCGCCCUCGCUCGCCAACCCCGCCAGGACUCGAACCGACCUCGCCGACAGCACCCAGAAGGAGCUCGCCUACACCGUCUUCUGCGGCUCAAGCCCGGGCAACGAUCCCGUUUAUGCCGAGGCCGCAGACUCUGUCGGCCGAGCCUUUGCUCGUGCAGGCGUCACCCUCAUCUACGGAGGAGGGACGGCGGGCGUCAUGGGCCAGGUCUCGUCCCGCACGCUCGACCACGGCGGCAGGGUCCACGGCAUCAUCCCCUCGGCGUUCCUCGCCAACGAGGCGCCAGACCGAGGCCCGCUCCGACCAAACGAGGAGGAGACCAUCGUCGACAGCAUGCACCAGCGCAAAAAGCUCAUGGCAGACCUGAGCGAGGGCUUCAUCGGCCUGCCCGGCGGCUACGGCACCCUCGAGGAGGUUGCCGAGAUGACGACGUGGUCCCAGAUCGGCGUGCACCUCAAGCCCGUCGUCCUCCUCAACGUCAACGGCUUCUACUCGUCCCUGCGCGAGUUCAUCAACAACGCCAUCUCGUCGGGCUUCAUCUCCGAGUCGAACCGCGCCUUCCUCGUCUUUGUCGACGGGCCAUCGACGGCCAACCCGCUCCCGUCGUCGUUCGACUGGGGCGAGGCCGCGCUCGAGGCGAUCCGGCGGUGGAAGGCCAUGGGCAGCGGCGGCGCGACGCCGUACAGCUUCGAGUGGACAAAGGAGCAGAAGCAGGGGACCGAGGUGCUGUAG